AGGAGGGGAAUCGUCGUGCCGCUCGGGGCCGGGGCCAGGGCCGGGGCCGCCGCUGGGUCCGUCGGGCAGGACCGGCCCUGCUGCAAAGGCGCAGCCCCCGCCCCCCGCCUCCGCCCCCAGCCCCCUCGGCCCCCCGUGCUGGCCGGGGGCCCCGCAGCUGCGGACAUGUGCAUGAUGUCCUUCAAGAAGGAAACCCCGCUGGCCAACGCGGCAUUCUGGGCCGCCCGGAAAGGGAAUCUGGCGUUGCUGAAGCUGCUGCUGAACAGCGGGCGUGUGGACGUGGACUGCAGAGACAGUCACGGCACGACGGUCCUGAUGGUGGCUUCCUACGCCGGCCACAUCCAGUGCGUCCGAGAGCUCGUGUUGCAAGGAGCCGACAUCAAUCUCCAGAGAGAGUCAGGCACCACGGCUCUCUUCUUCGCCGCCCAGCAGGGCCACAACGAUGUCGUCUGCUUCCUCUUCCAAUUUGGGGCCUCUACGGAAUUCAGGACGAAGGACGGGGGUUCGGCCCUCCUUGCUGCCAGCCAGUACGGACACCGACAGGUGGUGGAGACGCUCCUCAAGCACGGCGCCAACAUCCACGACCAGCUCUACGAUGGAGCCACCGCGCUCUUCUUAGCGGCCCAGGGAGGCUACCUAGAUGUCAUCCGAUUGCUGCUGUCUUCCGGGGCGAAAGUGAACCAGACGAGGCAGGACGGGACGGCGCCUUUGUGGAUCGCAUCUCAGAUGGGGCACAGCGAGGUGGUGCGGGUGAUGCUCUUGCGAGGAGCGGACCGUGACGCUGCCCGGACGGAUGGCACGACGGCGCUGCUCAAGGCAGCCAACAAAGGCUACAACGACGUCAUAGAGGAGCUUCUUAAAUUCUCUCCCACCCUCGGCAUUCUUAAGAAUGGCACGUCGGCCCUGCACGCUGCAGUUCUUAGUGGCAACAUCCGAGCGGUGACUCUCCUUCUGGAGGCGGGGGCCGAUCCAGCCCUCCGAAACAAGGCCAAUGAACUGCCAGCAGAGCUUACCAAAAAUGAGCACAUCCUGAGCCUCCUCCGAACAAAAGAAACCCCCUGGAAAACCUAAUGCGGCUCUACGUCCGAGAAGGCCAGCCCCGUCCACAGCAGAACCGGGACCGAACUGGGCUGGAAAACGGAUUGGGAUGUGGAUCGGGAAGCAUUUUUGAAAGAGCUCGCUCGUGAGCGGGAUUGAUCUGGCCCCUGGGUGCUGCGGGAGGGUCUGGGCAGUUUCCGGGGUCUCUGAUGAGCACAGGGUCUCCCUCCCCACUGGCCUACAGCUAGGCUCUCGGGUGGGUGCCCAUUUGCAUGGUGUGAACUAAUCCUACCUACUCUCAAGCCAAGAUGACUGUUGGUCGCGUAGCUUACAGGUCCAAAGGUGGACAGGGCUCUAAGUCCCAUGGAGGGGGGGUGGUCUUGGACUUUGGUGGACUUUUAUAUAAAGGCUGCAAGUCUGAAUUUGGCUGAA